UCGUAAUUCGGUUGCAGCGAAAAGAAACAUGAAAUUGGUCAUCCGUCCAAACCUAAGCGGAUCAAUCCGUACCUGAAUAUCUACUGAUCACCCUACUUUGCAGUCUGUGUAGCAGAGCAUUGGGCAAGUUUCUUGGAUAGCUUGAUUGAUACAAAACAAAACAGUCAGUGUGAAUGAAGUUUCAGACCAUCGCAAGCAAUCUGUUUACUAGGAAACUGCCAUAUUUGUAUAUAUACAUAUGUAUGUAUGCUACAUUUGCAUAUCAAUUCGUUUCUGGGUCGACAAUGGUGUACAUCUUCGUGAUAAUCAUGGUGAGAACGAACAUGUUCUCACUUUGCCAACACGCAAUUCCAAAGAAUCAGUAUCCAAAAGUCUUUGCAACCUCACCUUCUUCCUUUAUCCCAACAAGAAUCUGUUCUUUACUGCACAUAUUUAUAUGCACACCAACUGCUUGUAGAAAUGUCCAUAAAACAAUCGAUCACACCACACCACACCAAUCUUUCUCCCUCUCUGUGGGAAGAAUCAGAUGUCGCAGCAGUCUUUUAGGGUGUGCUUCUGUUGCCGAAGAAUGUUCAGGGUAAGGGCGGCGGAGCCUCCGGAGGAUGUGAAGGAAUUGUUCAAAAGGUACUCGGAGAACGGUACGAUGAGUUUGGAUCAGCUGCUUCUGUUCUUGAGAGAGUUGCAAGGAGAGAAAAAUGCGACGAAGGAGGAGGCGCAGGCCAUCUUACACAGCCUCAAGCAACUCAACAUUUUCCAGCGGAAGGGCCUCCAUCUCGAAGCUUUCUUUCGGUUUCUCCUCGGUGACCUUAAUUUUCCUCUCUCUCCAUCUCUGGGGGUGCAUCAUGACAUGAAUGCUCCAUUGGCACAUUAUUUCUUGCACACAGGCCACAACUCGUACUUAACAGGAAACCAACUCAGUAGUGACUGCAGUGUUGAGCCUAUCAAAAAAGCUCUAAUGAGAGGUGUAAGAGUUAUUGAACUGGACUUAUGGCCAAAUGCGGAAAAACAUGAGGCUGAAGUUCGCCAUGGAGGAACACUGACCACUCCAGUAGAACUCAUCUCAUGUUUGCGGGUGAUUAAGGAUUAUGCAUUUGUUGCUUCUGAAUAUCCUGUUGUAAUAACUUUUGAAGACCAUCUUACUUCAGAUCUUCAAGCUAAAGUGGCUACUUUGGUCACUGAAACAUUUGGAGUCACACUGUUUCACCCCGAGUCAGACUUAAAGGAGCUCCCUUCACCAGAAUCACUGAAAAAAAAGAUUAUUAUCUCAACCAAACCACCAAAAGAAUACCUAGAAUCUGAUAUGAAGCAAAAAGUGAAUUCGAAGAAGGUGAAGGCUUCAGCAGAGGAAGAACCUAGGGAAAAUGAAAUUCAAACAGAUGAUAAGGAUGAACUAGAUGAGGGAGAACCUCAGGAUGAAGAUAUACAGCAUGCUGUUCCUGAAUAUAGGCGUUUAAUUGCCAUUCAUGCUGGGAAGUUGAAAGGCGGAAUACAUAACUGGUUUCUUGAUGAUCCAAAUAAAGUUAGACGCCUUAGCUUGAGCGAGCAAGAGCUUGAAAAUGCUAUAACAGAAUAUGCACCCCAUAUCGUCAGGUUUACCCAGCGGAAUUUACUGAGAGUAUACCCUAAGGGUAUACGCUUCGACUCAUCUAAUUACAAUCCUUUAGUUGGAUGGGCACAUGGAGCUCAAAUGGUUGCAUUUAACAUGCAGGGAUACGGAAAGUUCCUUUGGAUCAUGCAUGGAAUGUUCAGAGCUAAUGGUGGCUGUGGUUAUGUGAAAAAGCCAGGUUUUCUAUUGAAUGAUAAAGUGGAUUUUGAUCCGAGAAAGGAAUUACCAAUUAAGCAAAUAUUGAAGGUAAAAGUUUAUCUGGGGGACGGAUGGCAUUUAGAUUUCUCCCGUACACACUUUGAUACGUAUUCCCCACCAGACUUCUAUGCGAGGGUUGGUAUUGCAGGAGUACCAAAGGAUUCGAUAAUGAAGAGGACAAAAGCGAUUGAGGAUGAGUGGGUGCCAGUAUGGAACGAGGAAUUUGAAUUCCCUCUCAGGGUUCCUGAAUUGGCUUUGCUUCGGAUUGAAGUGAUGGAGUAUGACACAUCGGGUAAGAACGAUUUUGGAGGCCAAACGUGCUUCCCCGUUUCAGAAUUAAGAAGUGGACUACGAGCUGUUCCACUGAAUGAUCGUAAGGGACAACAAUACAAUUCUGUUCGACUUCUUAUGCGUUUCAAACUGAUAGAUGUUUGAGACCUCCAAAAUAUCACUCCCUAACAUGGAACUGUUUGAUGUUACAUUCCUAUUUCAUUGAAGUUAUCAUUCCUCUGUGUACAAUACCUUAUUAAAUCUGCUACGCUCACAAUAAACAUUGUAAUAUCCCAUCUUAUUUAAAAUUCGAUAAAUCGAAUUCUAUAAAAAUAUUACGAUGCUUAAGAUAUACACGUUAUUAUUAGUGUAAA